AUGAUCUUGGGCUCUAAUAGUAAGUUGAAAAAGCUUGAGGACUUGAAUCUACCACCAAUAGUAGUAAAUGGUAUCAUAAUACCCUACGUUAACUUUACCAAGUGCUUAGGUAUUCAGCUAAGUAGAAAUCUGUCAUGGAACUACCACGUCACUCAGAUAGUUAGUAAAGUGAACUCAGCUCUGCAUUGUCUCAAAGUUAGGAAAAGCAUCUUUUCAACUCCUAUAAGAAAAUUACUAGUAUCAGCAACCAUCCUACCUCUAGUUGACUAUUGUUCCAUUGUAUUGGUAGACUCAACUUCUGAUAACAAUUUAAAGCUACAACGUGCGAUUAACUGCUCUAUCAGAUUUAUCUUUAAUCUAAAAAAAGAUGAGCAUAUUUCACCUUUCAGACGUGAACUGGGAUGGUUGUCUGUGAAGUAUCGCCGAAUGUAUUACAUGAGCUGUUAUUUUCACAAGUUACUUCAAGUUGAAAUGCCUAAGUACUUACGAGAGCUAUUCACUGAAGACAUCGAAGUUAGACGUUCAAAUAGGCUAGCAGCUAAAAAACAUACUGCCUUCAAACUACCACAUUUUGCUACCACCUAUAUGGAGCACUCCUUCUUGAUCUCCGUGAUUCGUUUGUGGGAAGAAUUACCUGAUGAAAUUUACUUUUUAUACUAA